AUGUCUGAUUUCGAUAAGGAUAACGACAGAGAGUCGCUGGACUCGCGAGGUCCCCAGGCUUCUUCGUUUGAAAAUGUGCCUGGAACAGUUCACCUUUUGGACUUGGCUGGCACUUUAAACGUUCAAAAAGUUCAGGAUGGUGAUCAGAAUAUUAUUCUUCAACCACAGCCGCUGGAGGACGUAAACGAUCCGUUGCGCUGGUCGAAACGGAAGAAGAACUUGCAGUUUGUGCUACUAUGGGUUUGGAGUGUGUUUUUGGCGAUUACCGUCAACUGGGGAGGUCCAUACUGGGGGGAAUGGCAGGAGGACUUUGGCGUUACUGCUAGUAGGCUUAACGUUUGCCAGGCGCUUAAUUUUUUGUUUUUGGGCGUUGGGUGUGUGGUUUUGCAGCCAACAGCGAUGAAGGUGGGCAGAAGAGUGAUAUACUUGUUUUGUACAGCGUUGGCGGUUGUUGGUAACGCUAUGGCUAUUCAUGCUGACUCUGUGGACUAUAUUAUGGCGCUGAUGUCGAUAUGUGGCUUUGCAGCGGCUCCAACCAACUCGUUGGUGGAGAUUUCAUCCACAGAUGUGUUUUUCGUCCACGAAAGAGCCAGUAAACUUUCGUGGCUUGUUUUUGCUAUUUAUUUUGGCAGUUACAUUGGGCCUGUGGUGGCUGCCUACUUGCCCAACUGGCAAUGGGCAUUUAAGCUCCAGGUGAUUAUUCUCUGUGUGCUUUUCGUGGUGCAGUUGUUUUUGAUGGAAGAUACGUCUUUUGUUAGGGACGAAAAGGAGACAGAAAGGGAGAUCUUGCACCAGAUCAAGUCUAGAGAGACUGGCAUGAGUCCAGAGCAUUCUGGGUCUGGUAAAGCUCAUCAUAUUAUCAGCCAGGAACCAACAGGCGAAGCCGAUCUGUAUUCAGACCCUCUGACAGUCAAAAGGUCGUAUAUCAAGCGAAUGCAGCUUUUGGAGCUUGAAUAUAACGAUAAAAGACCGUUCUGGAAGAUCUUCACCAAACCCAUUUACACUGCAUGUUUCCCAGCUGUGUUCUGGCUGGGGAUCGUCUAUGGAGCCCAGAUGAUGUGGCUUUCUUUACUUACCACCACCCAAUCCGAGCUUUAUACCACCUACUAUGGCUUUUCCACUUCUUCUACCGGUUUGACCAACCUAGCUGCUUUAGGUGGAAGUCUUGUGGGAAUGGUUUAUGGUGGACCGUUUGUGGAUUGGCUUACCGUCAAGUUGGCCCAUAAAAACAACGGUAUUCUCGAACCUGAGUUCAGACUCUGGGCCAUGAUUGGGCCUACUUUGUUUAACGCUGGAGGCCUUUUAGCAUAUUGCAUGGCGCCAUUGAACGGUGAAGCAUGGGCUGUUUCGGUUAUAGUUGGCCAAGGGUUCCUUGGUUUUGCUAUGGCUGCUGCUGGCCCCAUUUGCUUGACUUAUGCCAUUGACUGUUACACUGAAGCAGCUUCAGAGAGUCUUGUGUUUAUUCUUUUCCUUAGAAACAUGAUUGGAUGUGGGUUCACGUUUGCUAUCCAGCCGUGGCUUGAUCGGUGUGGAUUGGCUACCACGACGUGGUUGAUGUUUAUGCUUUCUGUGGUGAUCAACGGUAGCUUUUUGGUGUUUAUCGUGUUUGGCAAGGCCAUCAGAAGGAAGACGAGGCAUCUUUAUGAGAAGAUCACCGCCAUGGAGUAG